GAGGUUAGAAAUGACAUGUGUGUGCUGCAAAAGGGGCUUGCAAAAAAUAUUAAAAAUAUUGCUUAAUUUAUGGCUCUCAUACUUUUAUUUGGUAACUAGUUAUUUUUUGAGUGCAAUUGAUCAUGGUGCGUACAUAUACUAGGAAGUAUACAAAUUCCAGAAAUGGCAAAUCUUUUUUACCUUACCAAAAUUACUCAGCGGAAAAUUUACAAGUAGCAAUAGAGAGUGUAAAAGAAGGAAGAAUGAGUCUUACCGAUGCCGCAGACACUUUUGGUGUGCCAAAGAGUACCUUAAGUAGAAAGACAAGAAAUAUUAACUGUACGCAAGAGACAGCAGGCCAUCCAACAUUAUUUACGCCUGAAGAAGAGAAAGUCUUCAUUAAAUUUGUUUUAAUAGUAGGGGAAUGGGGGUUUCCGUUUGAUACCACAGAUCUUCGUGUAUUUGCCAAGAAAUAUCUCGACAGACUUGGAAAAAAUGUGUAUAAUCUAAAAGAUAAUAUGCCAGGUUAUGAUUGGGCCAGAAACUUUCUUCAAAGACAUAGAUUACAAAUUUCAAACCGUAAAUCUGCACAUAUUUCCAGUGACCGAGCCAGAUUUAGGUCAGAUGAUAUUGAUGCCUUUUUUGAGAAUUAUGUUAAUACGGUUGAGGGUGUUCCUGCAGCGCACAUCAUUAACUAUGAUGAAACGAAUUUAACAGAUGAUCCCGGCAAUAAAAAAUAUAUUUAUAAAAGAGGAUGCAAGUAUCCAGAGCGGAUCAUAAAUAGCUCGAAAACGGCAAUUUCGCUCAUGUUUUCGGGCACUGCAUCAGGACAUCUCUUACCUAUUUACGUUGUCUACAAAUCGGAAAAUCUUUGGGAUACGUGGAUGGAGGGAGGACCAGAAGGGACGAGAUAUAAUCGUUCCAAGAGCGGAUGGUUUGAUUCAACCUGCUUCGAAGAUUGGUUUCAUACCAUUAUAGUUCCCUAUUUUCGUAAUAAGCCUGGACGGAAGGUGUUGAUAGGUGAUAAUUUAUCAUCACACUUUUCGGAAAGUGUAAUAAAAACUUGUGAGACAUUGAAUAUUGCAUUUGUAUGUCUGCCACCUAAAACAACACAUUUAUUACAACCUCUGGACGUCGCGUUUUUUGCUCCUUUGAAGGUAUACUGGAGAGAUAUUCUUACCAAAUGGAAAAUUACCGAGGGAAGACAUCACAAAACCUUAAUUAAGAGUGCAUUUCCUAAAUUGUUGAAAAAACUUAAAAAUAAAUUAAUCGAAAAUGAUGCCGAAUCCAGAAAUUUAAUAGCAGGUUUUAAUAAAUCCGGACUUUACCCUGUUGAUCCUAAUCGUCCCAAAUCUCGAUUACCCCAAUCUCAUGUUCCAAGGUCCGAGGAAGAAAUAGAGACAAGUAGUACUUCAGUUAUAAAGGAUAUGUUGAUGGAAUUGCGAUGUCCCGAUGAGCCGACGGGAAUGAGACGGAAAAAGAGAUUUGUGGUUGAACCGGGAAAGAGCGUAUCUUCCGACGAUUUAGUACAAAAUCAGUCAAAAACAAGUGCAAGAUUAAAGGUGUCCGGAAAAAGAAAAGAAUUAAAGAAGUCUACUUCAAACAUCCUAUCAGACCCAUUUAUUGAUUCAGUUCCAGGUCCUUCUGGACUACAUCAAAUAAGGAGCAAUAAAAAUCAUGAUAGUGAUAAUUCCGAUGAUCAAAUUGCGUCUGUUCUUAUGCCUAAGUCAAAACUAACAUCCUACAAGGGCAUGGGAAAAGGGAUCGGUAAAAAAACAAAACCUUGUAAAAUAUUGAUUAAUAAGAAGCAACAAAGUGAGAAUGUAACAGAAACAGCUCUAAAUGAUACAUUAGUUAACUCUGGUUCAUUAUUACAGUCAUCUCUCCAAAAUCCCGAAAGCCUCAAAAAUUUAUGUAUCAGAUGGGUCAAUACUCACUUAAUUCAAAACAAUGAACUAUCCGGACAAAGAUCAUUUAUUCAAAAUUUGUACGAAACCAAAAACUAUGAAGCUAACGUGCCAUUUAUAGGUGAAUUACCAGAAUGCCUACUAAAUAGCAGACCCACUACUAGAUCUAAACCUAUAAUUACAUCAGAAGUUAUUUUUGAAGCAGGAUCUUCCCAAAAUAUUCGUAAUCGUAAGAAAAUAAACGCUAUACUACAAAAAGAAAAUGUUGAAAUUACGCAGUUUGCUUUAAAUAUGAAAUUAAAUAUAGAAAAUAAAGAACAAGUAACUGAAAAAAGAAAAGUCGUAGAAGAAAUUACACAAGAAAGUAAAGAAUUAAAAGAAAUAAUAGAUAAUGUGAAACCUAAGAAAAAAAUAAAAAGUGAGACAGCUACUAAAGUGAAAAAAAGGACGCAGAAACACAUUUCUCGAAAACAAAAAUGGAGGAGAUCUAGUAGUGAUUCCAGCUCAUCUGAGAUUAUAAUGUGUAUGGCUGAUUCUGAUGAUUCAGAAUAUGAAACAAUGGAUGAUUUAAUCACGGAAUUUUACGAAGAAGAACAAGAAAAUAUAGAACCAUCAAUUCCCUUUGGCUUUUCUGAAAUUGAAUUUUUUACAGAGGAUAAUAAUACAUUAAAAAUUGAUUCCUGGAUUUUAGCAAAAUUUGCUACAAAAAAGAGCGUUAAACAUUUCGUAGGAAAGAUAAUAUUAAUAAAAAACAACAUUCCUGAUGUCAAAUUUGUGAGAAAAGUAAAGGAAUCAAAAUUUAACAGAGGAUCGGUGUUUACUUAUCCUACAGUAGAUGACAUUUGUACCAUGAGACAUUUGGAUGAUAUUGUUCUAGUAUUACCAGAGCCCAACAUCUCUCGGCGAGGACAAAUCAUAUUUGAUAUUGAUUUGAGUAAUUACAACGUACAAUAGGUUUAACUGUUUUGACUUAUGGUAUUUUAAAUUUUAUUUUCGAAGUCUUUAGACUGACUAUGAUUAAGACUGAUUUAAUGUUAUGAUUAUAAUUAAGGAAGUAUCAAUGCCAAAUAUUGUGCCUUAUUUUUUGUUAAAUGUUUA